AUGUCCGCCUGCACUUCUAUAUAUCUUCCAUAUUCUAUGUAUCUUUUGUCAAAUUUAGAUGGAGAGGUACGACAUAUUCUUGUCGUCUUCGAAAUUUCUUUUGAUCAUAAGCGACAAACAUGGCGUUCCCCAUCAUCGUCAACAUCUCAAAGGUGGUCUCCGACCUAUUCUAUCUUAACCAGCUCUAUCAGAUGGAAGUGUUGUAACAGGUUGACAAAAUCAGAUCCUAUAUAUGAUCAAAUGGGAAUGAAAGCGAUAGUGGUAGUAGUAGUAGUAGAAGUAGUAGUAGCUAUCAACGUCAAUACACUAUUCCCAUUUGUUAUCGCAUCUUAA